AUGAUAAUACCACAAUUACCAAGUAGUAAUAUUAAAACUAGAUUUAGAUCAAAAUCAACAAAGGAAUUAUCUUCAAUUUUGAAAAAGACUCCAUCAAUAUUUAAUAAUAGCAAUGAUAACACUACUAAGAAUAUCAGAAUUAGAAGUAAUAGUACACAAAGUUUGGGUAGUAAAAAAAAUGUACGAUUUUCAACAAAUUUAAUUGCUAUUAAGAAAUUCGAUAAAUUUGCCGAACCUAUUACUAUCUCUAAUGAAACAUCCCCCGAUUUAUCACCUUUAUUAAUUCCAUUAGAUAUGACAUCAAAUAAUAAUAAUGAUAAUGACGACGAUUCUUGUUGGUUUCACGAUUUAAAUUUAGUCCCAAGAUUAAUCGACAUUGAAAAUAAUUUUAAUGAAUUUCAUUUCAAUAAUAAAAAAAAUAAAUUAUUUUCUCUGGAUGAUGAGGAUUACAACUACGAUAAUGACGAAGAUUUAAAUUAUUAUUUUAAUGAAGCUGGUACUUUAAGAAAUGACAACAACAACAAUUCAAAUCCUACAUCUCCAACUAAAUCAUGUACUGACGAUCCUUUAUUACAAUUACAAUCUAAUCAAAAUUUAAAAUGGGAAUUAUUAUCUACGAAUAUUAUUAAUAGUAAUUUGAUUUUAACUAACGAUUUUAUUAAACAUUUUAUGCAUAAUCAAAACAUCAAAAUUCAAUCUUUGAAAAUUAAUAAUGAAAAUAAAUUAGCAGGUUAUUUAAUUGUUAAUAACUUGUCUUUUGAAAAAUAUAUCGAAAUUAAAUUCACUUUUAAUAAUUGGCAAAAUAUUCAUUACGUUAACGCAUCAUUUAAUAAAAUUAUCUCUCCAAAUUAUGAUCAAUUUAAAUUCGUUAUCGACAUUAAUUCUUUUAAAUUCUUUUUAAAUUUGAAAAAUUUAUUAAUCAAUGAUAUUCUAAAUAUCGAACUUUGUUGUAGAUAUGAUGUUAAACAUGAAACUUACUAUGAUAAUAAUAAUUACAAUAAUUAUAAAAUGGUAUUGAAAAGACCAAUGAAAAAACAAAAUGAAAUCAUCCCUAAUAAAAAUGAUAUUUUAAAUAUAUCAAACGUACAAGAUAAAAUCACCGCUUCUGCAUCAAAAGCCGACUCGUUAAGAAGAGUAAGUAGUAUGAAUCCUGUAUCAAGACAUCAUACUAGAACGUUUAGUGCUGACACUGAUUUUUUCAAUACUUCUCCAUUGAAAAAUAUUUAUUAUAAUAAAAAGAUUAGUAUUCCAUCAACUACUACAACCACAACUAGUACUACUGGUACUAAUGUUGUAGUACCGACUGCAUCAAGGAUUAUUACGAGUGCUAGUACACCUCAUCUAAAUGAGAAAAAUGUUUUGUCUUUCAAUUCGGACCUUUCAUCUAUUUCUUCAAGUUCUAUAUCGUCGGCAGCUUCCUCUACAUCAACAGAUUCAUCAUCUUUAUAUUCAUUUCAAACAGAAAACGAUACAACCCCAAUCAUUAUUAAACCAUUACCAACAAAUAUUUUACAAUUACAUGACAAAAACAGCAUCAAUGAUGACCAACCAUUAGCAGAAAGAAGAACAAGAAGGAGGGAAAGUAGUCCGCCGGAUGUGUCACCUUUGGAAAAGACUUCUAUACAGGAUAGUAUUCUUAACACUGCAACGACACCGGGGAUAGAAUGUAUUAAUAGUUACCUUUCUCCAUCAUUGGCAGAUAUUAAAGAUCAAUUAUAUUUAUCGCCAUCAAAGGGGCCAUAUGAAACUAAAAAUGUAUUUAAUGAUAAUAACACAAUUACAAGUUAUUCGGAAAGUGUUGCCACUGAUGCAACAUUAAUUAAAAAAGUCUCAAGAAAAAAUAAAGAAGAAUCUAUUAUAGAUCCCUUAGAUAAUGGUUCAGAUAACAUUAGUAACAAGAAAACAAAAAAUAAACAUUCUACAAGUACACCAUCUUUGGAUUCAGACUAUAAAUCAUUAUUAGACUCAUGUUGUUUUUACACUCCAACAGCAUUAAGCCCGAAUGAAUCCUCACCAAAUAAAUUCUCAUUCAUGUCAUCAAUUGCAGAUUAA